ACAUUUUGACAAAACCUUGGAACCUGUUUCUUGUAAGAAUCAACAUGAGCUCAGAAGAAGAUGUGUUUAGUCUCAUCAGCGUUCUUGGUCUGGCCGUUUUCAUCGGUCUCUGCAUCUUGCUCGUUGUUCUUAUUGCAACCUCAGCUCUCAUUCUUGUAAUCUACGCCAUCGUCGACUGCAUUCUCCGACCAUUCUUAGGAACAUGUCUCGACCUAGAUCUCGAAAUCGGAGUACAAAGAGGCCAACAACGUGCUAGAAUCGUGACUUACCAUGCAAUCAUCCCGACCGGUCUACGAUCACCAGAUUUCGAGAGAGAAGGAAAAAAGCGUGGGCUAAAACAAAGCGCGAUCGAAACCCUACUACCGAAAUUGCUUGUUGGACAAGGCAACCAUGAGGACGACAAAGAGAGGUCACUAGAAUCAAGAGAAUGCGCGAUUUGCCUCAGUGGUUAUGUCGUUAAUGAAGAAUGCAGAGUAUUUCCGGUUUGCAGACAUAUCUAUCAUGCGCUUUGUAUUGACGCUUGGCUAAAGAAUCAUCUCACAUGUCCUACUUGUCGUAAAGACUUACCAGAUUCAUGACAAAUCCCUAUAGCUUCGUUGCGUAAGCUGUACAUAGAUAUUUUGUCUCUUCUUCAAGAGAUAUGUGGAACGGGUGUCAGGAAUUUUUUAUCACCAUACGGACAAAUCAUGGGUGUUCUUUACAACCAAGAAAGAUGCUAUAUAUAUCAUGGCGCUUGAGUUAGAGAUGAUUUGCGAUGUAACAGAUACACAACCAAUGAUUUUCGAAUAAUUUAUUAGAAUUUUA